AUGGAAUCUUCUAACCAGUACGCCUUUGCGCCUCGCUCAAAGUCGUGCGCCAUGACUCCAGCCUCACCUAUUCAAAGCCCUGAACGCGUUGCCGCCACCGCCACUACCAUUGCUGGUCUCACGUCUCGCGCGUCUCGUGCUACUAAAUCCGUUUCUUCUGUAAACUCGUCACUUCUCCCAGGCUUUGUUCCUAAAUUCCCUCCACCUGAUUCCACCUCUUUUGUUCCUACUACUCCAACAGCUAUUACUUCCAAAUCAUUUGCUGCUGGUCCUCAUGGCUCCAGUGUUGGUUCUACUGCCUCUGCCGCUGCCGCUGCUGUCAAUGACUGCUCUUUGCACGAGUCAAAACAUUUGUUUCAGCUGCCAUUGACUGGAUCUGUAAGGCCUUUGUCUGCCUCACGUGGAUACUAUCCCACUCCAGAACCAUCAUCAUCUACAGGUGGUCCAGGUGCAUUGUCUGAACCAGGCGCGUUUCAUGAAGAAGAAGAUGAUGAAGAUGACGACGCGAAAUGUGUGCCACCUUCGUCGCCAACUCCUGCUUCCAAUCGAAUGCCCAUGAUGGCAUCUUCUCCUCAAUACGCGUCUUUAUCUGACGAUGAAGACCAAGACCAAGAAGAAGAAGAAGAUAUUGUGCCGAGACUGCCAGAUACAAAGUACAUGGCCGUUCCUGGCUCUCGUGCGGCGUCAUCCCCCCCUCCAGCAACAGCAGACAAUGACAGUUUUGGUGCACACAUGGAUACUGGCGUUACCAGACUGGACUUUGGAGCCGUUCAAGAAGAAGACAAGGCCGCCAAACCUUCCAUACACCAACCAACCCAAAUCCAUAAUAGUCCUAGCCUUCUUCACCUCCACCACCCCACUGUAAUUCCAGUAGGCCAGGACUCAGUUGUGCAAGGCAAAACAAGUAAUAUCACGACUUUAGCAACCCCAGAACCCUUUACCGUCCGCUCGCCUCUUGCAGCCGUCACCGUGGCCCGUGUGCCUCGUUCCGGGCGACCCGUGACUAUUGGCCGGUCAUCCAAGUCGUGUGAUGUUGCUCUUCCCUCUGCCAAUCGGCUAGUUUCGCGUGUCCAUGUUUGUUUGCGCAUAGUUGAGCCGUCUCAUAAAAAAAAUGCCUCGUCGUCAUUGUCCUCCUCAUCUAUUAACCCACCGCGUCUCCGAGUAACAUGUCUGGGCUGGAAUGGAUGUACCGUUGUUGUGCCGGCAUUCCGCAUGAUGUUUGUUGCUCCAAGACACGACGCAUACGGGCCUAAACUGGAGCCCCAGCGUGUCGAGCGUGUCGAGCGUGUCCCGGAUGGUGUCACAGAUUACCUAGUGCCCAAGGGUCUCGAGAUUGAGGUUGAUUAUGUGGCCGGCAUUACCAUAGAUGUUCGCGGCGAACGCGCUCUUGUGGAACUUGUGGACGAUGAUGCCGAGCAAAAAGCAAAGGGCCAGUCGGUGCAACAGAAGCAACAAAAGGAAGAAGAAGAAGGAAAAGAAGGAAAGAGCAAACAACAAACUCUCAGAGAACGGCGGGCCACCAAACUUAAUGUCCCGGCCCCACUGCUGGCCCCUGUAAACACGGCACCCGUUAAUUCCACUGCUGCUGCUGUUUCGGGUACCAAACCCCGCCCCUCUUCUGCGUUUUUCUCAGCUCUACAUAGCGGGUCAUCUGUUUUCUCCAAUACUUUAACUCCUACCCGGACCAAUGUUGCUGCUGCUCUUGUCACGCCUACCACCCAGUCAUUGGGUUCCUCUUUAUCCGCAUUGCCGGCCAAAACAUCUGCACCUGCCACCAGCCGCACGCAGUCCACUGCUUCCUUGCAGUCCGCUGCUUCCUCGCAGUCCGCUGCUGCAUCGCUGCCCCAUCGACCAUCAAUGUCAGGCCGUGUCUUUACAGCAGCUGCAUCGCAACAGCCCUUAACACCCGUGACACUUGGGAUACCGCAGUCUGCGCACGGCACGCCGGCAUCAUCUGCACGUAAGCGCAAGAGUGAUAUGCUUGACGGCGCGCUUGUGGGUGCGUACCUUGCGAACAAAGGUGUAGCAGUGGGGGUUGACAAUGGAGGUAACAAGCGAGAGAAGAAGAAGCAAGAAAAUUUAGAAAGUAAUUUUGAGAGGAAGAAGAAGAAGGAGGAGGAACAGGAGGAAAAAGAAGAAGAAGAAGAAGAAGAAGAAAAAGAAAAAGAAGAAGAAGAGAAAGAAGGAAAAGAAGGGAAAGAAAGAAGAGCUCGGGCUGUACCUGCAGUUCGCGGGCUUGCUCGGUCACAAUCUCAGCGCGUGGCCCUUGGGUCGCCGUCCCGACGAGGUUUAGUAGGUCAUGGAAAUAGUCUGUUAUCUCGGAGCCAGAGUAUGGUUGCUGUACGGUUAGAAAGUGGAGCGCCUAUAUCUGAGCACACACCCCGAGAUGUUAUAGAAGAUGAGUCUUUAUUUACAGACAAGCCUGUUGAGGAGGAAGAUGAGAAUGAGAAUGAGAAUAGAGAUGAAGAUGAAGAUGAAGAAGAGAAUGUUUUUGAUGCCCCCUCGUUCCAGCACAUUCAGCAGGUAGUUUCGACACAUUUGGCACUUUCAAGAGCACACUCGUCACCAGUUUCAGUAUUACUACGUUCAAUUCCAUCGUUGGGUAAUGGCCGUGUUGGUGUAUCACAUGUCCAAACCGUGUUGUCUGCAACACCUUGGAUCGGAGUCAUUACUAGACAGGGCAAGGAUGCGGCAGGUAAGCCAUUGGAGGAGGAGUACUAUUAUGUGCCGGAAAAGGAUACAGAUGCGGAUCGGCGGGCGUUGGUUGACCAGCUCCGGGGCCGUGGAGCUACUGGGUUGCGUGCAUGCCGUAAGACCCACAAGCAAUAUUAUUGGAAGAAACCCCGGAAUUGA